UACUAACGUUAGGUGAUAGCACCCACUGUCGGCAUACGGCAUGUUGUAAAGGCGCCGUUCUGCAAUUAUCCGGCAUGAAGUAGAUGAAUAGGUGAGCUUUAGUCCACCGAACAGACUUUAUUUCCCACUACAACAUCACCAUCAUCUUCUCACCUCGUCAAAGCCACCAUGGCCGGCCGACCCGUUAUCGAAUACUACUUCUCUUUCAUCUCACUCUGGUCUUAUAUUGGUAGUCGCAGUCUCCAGGCUCUCGCAAAGCAACACAAUGCACAGAUCAUCUACAAACCCAUCGACCUGAUGCAGCUCUUCUCAGUCUCCGGCGGCCUUCCUGUAAAGCAGCGCUCGGUGCAGCGCCAGGCAUAUCGUCUGCUAGAAAUGGAGCGAUGGCGAAGAUUGCGCGACAUACCCAUCGUACAGCAUCCGAAAUACUACCCUGCGGACCCAUCACUUGCCCACAGGGUGCUUCUGGCAGCCAUUGACGAAUUCGGCCAUGAUCACGGUCCGGUGCACGAAUUUACACGUCGCAGUCUUCAAACAGUCUGGGCAGAUGAGUCCGAUAUUGCGGAUCCAGCUACGAUUGUAGCUGUGGCCGAUGCAUCUGGCCUAGAAGGUAGUCGUUUGCUGGAACGGGCCAGGGACGAGAAGGAGCUGGCAAUUCAGGAAGAUGCUUUGACAGAGGAAGUGGUCGCGAGGAACUAUUUCGGCUUACCCAUGUAUGUGUACAGGAAUGAGCCAUUCUGGGGACAAGAUAGGUUGGAAAUGUUAGAUGAGGUCAUUCGUAGCGGGAGAGAACCAAUCCGCGUAGACUAGAGGAGCGGCCAUGACUUAGUGUAAAUUCCACAACUAAACACCAAAAGCUUGCGC